CUUAACUCGGGCCCGGAGUCUAUAUGCUUGAGUUUGCACCCCAAGUAGCUAGCUACUGAGAUGAACAUUGGGAGAACCAAUCUCCACGCGGCGAAUUAACUCGAAUCGCUCAUCAUCUCCGACGAGAAAAGGAAAUAUGUUUCUCAAAGUACAGUUGCCUUGGAAUGUUAUAAUCCCUGCUGAGAACUUGGAUGCUAAAGGACUGAUGCUCCAAAGGUCAAUUGUUGUCCGCUUGUUAGAAGAUUUUGCUAGUAAAAAAGCUACCAAAGAUUUGGGUUAUUACCUUGCUGUCACCACUUUGGAGAACAUAGGGGAGGGAAAAGUGAGGCAGCACACUGGGGAUGUGCUAUUUCCAGUUGUAUUCAGUGGCAUCACUUUCAAGAUUUUCAGGGGUGAGAUUCUGGAAGGGGUUGUUCACAAAGUGCUCAAGCAUGGUGUUUUCAUGAGAUGUGGGCCAAUUGAGCAUAUAUAUCUCUCUUAUAUGAAAAUGCCAGAUUACCGUUAUGUGCCUGGAGAGAAUCCAGUCUUUCUGAACGACAAGAUGUCAAAGAUUGAAAAGGAUGCAGUGGUGAGAUUCAUCGUUAUUGGAACAAAGUGGCUAGAGGCGGAAAGGGAGUUUCAGGCAUUGGUCAGCUUGGAGGGUGAUUAUCUUGGACCAGUGUCCUAGAUGCCUGCCUUCUAUUUUGCUGGAUAUGCAUGUAAAUCUUUUUAAUAUGUUGGAUUAAACUUAGCCUACCGGAAGCAUGAUAGUUUCUUUUGGAGCAAUAGCUACUCUUGGAGGCCUUAGCUCCUAGUCAUUGCAUCUCUCGCUAUCUUGAGUUAUUGCAACUGUAGUGAUCUAAGUUUGGCUAAUGCUGGUGGGUGCUAGUGUCAUGAUAGCUAUAUUAUGUCAACUGUAUUAGUUGAUUAAAAUGUGUAACAUGCUAAUUCCAGCAUAAAGGGUGACCCAGUGCAUGAAAUAUCCCAUAAUUGUGGGCUUUGUGAAGGGUUGACUUGUACAGCCUUAUCCCUAUUUUGCAAAGAAACUGUUUUCAUGUGUUAGUUCUCAAA